CGGAUUGCACUAUAAAAGCAACACCCCCACACUAAUUAAGCCAGACUACCUAUAGUCCUAUACUAAUACCCCUUUGGAGUUCAAAACUGCCCUAACUUAAACCAAAAAGAGAGAAAUCAACAAAAAGCUGAGAACGAUCAAGAAUCAGAAUCAUCUUUCUUCCUCUUCUUCUUCUUCCUUUUUUUUUUUUUUUUUUUUGUGUGUGUGUGUGUAUAAGGCCCACAAAAACAUAAACUUAAUCACAAAAACAAUAAAUCAAGAUGGAAGAAGGAAUGUCAGGCUUUUGCAUCCAAACAACACAAACAGCAAGGACUAGGGCUGCUUCUUACGGAAGCGGAGGCGGUGGGCCGCCUAGUAGCGGCACCAAGUGCGGACGGUGGAAUCCGACAGCUGAACAGGUAAAGGUUCUUACAGACCUCUUUAGGUCAGGGCUUCGAACACCAAGCACUGACCAGAUCCAGAAGAUAUCAAAUCAGUUGAGUUUUUAUGGUAAGAUUGAAAGUAAGAAUGUUUUCUACUGGUUCCAAAAUCAUAAGGCUAGAGAAAGGCAAAAACGACGUCGUGUUUCUAAGGAUCAUGAUGAUGCUCCUUGCUUUCACCUUGAUGACCUUCUUAAACCUCAUGUUCCUCCUACUAAAUAUUUUGGUGAGAUAAAUCAAAUUCCUUUAGAGACGGAGCGAGCCAUCGAAACACUACAACUGUUCCCACUGAACUCAUACCAUGAACAAGAGACAGAUAAGCUUAGGAUGUUCUCAAAUGACUGCAAGGAGAACUAUGCAACAUUUACUGCAUACACAAUUGGAAGAGACUUCAAUCACCCCCCUUUGGAUUUGCGCUUAAGUUUCUUUUAAUUACUCCACUAGUUAAUCAAUGUUAUUAUUAGAAGCACACUAACUAGCUAGAUUAGCAUAAGUUAUAAAAAGAUCAGGAUAGAAUUAAAAUAUUUUCCUUUAAAAGUGUGGUACGAUAGAGUCUAAAAUUAUAAAUUUUCCGUCCUGUAAUUUGUGUACUAUACUUUUUAACUUUUUUUUAUUGGUUGAUAUUUGUACUUGAUUCAAUCACAUCCAGCACAAUCAAUAUAAAAAAAGUGGUACACAAAUUGUCGGACUGAUGAUUUGUAUUCGGUGUAAUAUUAGUGUAUGCAUGCAUGGGUUUGAUGGGUUUGAGACA